UAUUGCAAAGUGGCUGUCUUCAUUGACAGAACUCUCCGUGUUAUCUUCCAAUAACCAGUGAAAGUGUUCUGGUAAUCAUGGCAUCACACGUCGCUAAAUCCAUGAUGAAAGCGUCUCAUGUUGGGACCACCAUCAAAUUCGACACGGCCCGGCGCGCGCUGAGCGUGGGCGCGGCCCUGCACCAGAAGAAGACCCUCCCAGACCGCACCGGCAAGAAUGUCGUGCUGGUGGACGGGGUCCGCACGCCCUUCCUCGUCUCCUUCACCGACUACCAGAAGAUGAUGCCCCAUGAGCUCGCCAGGCACUCACUGCUCGGCCUCCUCCAGAAGACGGGCAUAGACAAGGAGCUGAUCGACUACAUAGUCUACGGGACGGUCAUCCAAGAAGUCAAAACUUCCAACAUCGGCCGCGAGGCGGCGCUGGCGGCUGGCUUCAGCGAUCACACUCCUGCGCAUACCGUCACCAUGGCCUGUAUCUCUUCGAACCAGGCGAUCACCACAGGCGUGGGUAUGAUAGCAGCAGGUGCCUACGACAUCAUAGUCGCUGGCGGCGUGGAGUUCAUGUCAGACGUGCCCAUCCGGCACUCGAGGAAGAUGCGGUCCUUGCUGCUCAAGCUGAACCGCGCCAAGACGCCACAACAACGGCUCGCACUGUUGGCCACCUUCCGCCCAGACUUCCUCGCGCCUGAAUUGCCAGCAGUAGCUGAGUUCUCGUCGGGCGAGACUAUGGGCCACAGCGCGGACCGGCUCGCCGCCGCCUUCGGGGCCUCGCGCCAGGAGCAAGACGACUACGCGCUGCGCUCGCACAAGAACGCUGCGGACGCGCAGCAGAAGGGAUACUUCACUGAUCUUAUCCCUGUCAAAGUGGAAGGCAAGGAUGGCGUGGUGGACAAGGACAACGGUAUUCGCGUGUCGCAGCCCGAGCAGCUCGCCAAGCUGAAGCCGGCCUUCAUCAAACCCCACGGCACCGUUACUGCUGCCAACGCUUCAUUCUUGACUGACGGCGCUUCAGCUUGUCUGGUGAUGUCGGAGGCGAAGGCCAAGGAGCUGGGCUUCAAGCCGAAGGCGUAUCUGCGUGACUUCACAUACGUCGCUCAGGACCCCGUGGACCAGCUGCUGCUGGGCCCGGCGUACGGCAUCCCCAAGAUCCUGGACAAAGCCGGGCUCAAGAUGAGCGACAUCGACACCUGGGAGAUACACGAGGCCUUCGCUGGCCAAAUCCUCGCUAACCUGAAAGCUCUGGACUCCGACUGGUUCGCCCAGACUUACUUGAAGCGCCAAGGAAAGGUGGGUUCCCCGGACAUGGCCAAGUGGAACGCCUGGGGCGGCUCGCUCUCUAUCGGACAUCCCUUCGCCGCUACCGGGGUCCGCCUGGCCAUGCACACGGCCAACCGCCUGGUGCGUGAGGACGGCCAGAUCGGGCUGAUCUCGGCCUGCGCCGCCGGCGGGCAGGGCGUCGCCAUGCUGCUGGAGCGACACCCCGACGCCACGCCCAACUAGGCGCCUCAUGUACAGUCAUGAGCAAUAUAAUGUACCCACUUUAGGACUCUUCCGCACUAACAUAU